CCUACGUUCUCAGACUAAGAGUUGAAUUUAUAGUAAAAUUUAAAAUACCAUGUCAAAUCUUACUUUGUGAUACGCGAUAUUAUUAUUUCAAUCAUCAGUUAAUCGGACAUUCUUUAAAAGGAAUUUUCAAUUACUAGGAACUGAGAUCAAACAACAAUACAAAAAUGUAGACAAUUUACAUCAUGGUGCAUGAGUACUUACACAAGCAAUGAUCAGUGGAUGCAUGAUUGGUGUCAUUUUAUGAUGUUUUAUUGUGAAUAGUUCUAUAGGAACCUAUUGUAAUCCAUCAUAUAUUUUUAUUUGUCUGCAAUAAAUUAAAAAUGGAAAACAUUGAACAGAGUAUGCCUAGUUGCGCUCUUAAAUGUCUUCGAAACGUUGAAGAUGUUUCUCAAAAUGUACAUAAAAUCAAAUAUGGAGUGAAUACUAUUGGAAGAGGAUUAAACAAUGAUAUCAUACUCAAAAAUUUAAAUGUAUCAAGAACUCAUUGUCAUUUACGGGUUGAAAAAAAAGAAUCUAAAGAUAUUGCAUAUAUCAAGGAUUUAGGUACAUCAAAUGGGACUUCUGUUGGCAAUUUAAAUUUAAUUGAGUUUGAAGAACAUCAGUUGAAUGACUUAGAUAUGAUUGUGUUAGCUAGUGGUGAUGAAGGAGUCGUUUUACAAUAUAUUGAUCAAAUAGAUCGUACUAUUAGUUUUUCAAAUAUAUGUAAUAAUAAAAGAAAAGUACUUAGUGAAGAAAAUAUAGAUGAUGAAUCAACUGCUGUAAAAAUUCCAAAAUUAGUUGCAGCUCCAGAUGAAUGUAACAUAUUAAAGAAACCAUUUUCAAAUCCAGAUACCGAUCUAUCAAAUGCCUUGAACAUUUUGCCUAAUGUUACUAAUAAUUUACAACAUGCAGAUUUAAAUCAGUCGACAUUAGUUGAUGCUGUUUUGAAGCCUAAUAUAAAUAAUGAUGAUCAAAAUUUACCAGCUAAAGACCCCAAAAUAAUUCCUUCAUAUAAUACAGAACCUUCUUGUUCUUAUUAUAAAGAUAAUAUAUUUAGUUCAGUGAAAAUAAAAAUUGAACCUGAUACAAUAAAUAAUGUAUUUAGUCAAGGAACAUAUCGCAAUGAAGAAGAUAGUGUUAUCGUAGUUUAUUCGUCAGAUGAAGAAAAUGAAAUAAAUAAAAAUGGUUUAGAAUUAUCAAGCAAUAUAAUUGACAAACAAAAAGAAAUUAACAUAAAACAUUCAUAUCCGUCUACUUCAAAAAUAGAAAAUAAUUUGAACCUUCCAGAAUUGUUUCAAUGUCAAAGAAAUGAUACACCGAGUGAUAAUAAAGAUGAUUUAAUUUUCAUACCACCAGAUCCGCCUUGCAUACCACCUAACUUGAAUUCAAAUAAUAUAAAUCCUGCGAUAAGUGAUAGUGAUACUGAAAAUGAAAGUGAUAACACUAGUAAAUACCCUAAAAUCAUUGAUCCUUUUCCAAUGAAAGUUAAUAAAAAGGGACAAACAAAGCUACUAGUUGAGAAUAAAUAUAUAAUAAAAACUCGAGCUAAAUCAGAAAAAAAAAUUCAUGAUAAAAAGAAAGUAGAAGAAGAAAUUGUUGAUCAAAAUAAACAAUUUAUUCAAGAAAGACAAUUAAGACUUAAGAAAUUGGCUACUAAUAACUCAUCUAAUGAGUCUCCAAAAAUAAUAAAUGAAAAUCCAUCAACUAAUGACCUUUUUAUUGAUAACCCUUCAACAAUUGGUCAAUUAAAAAAAAAAAAGAGAGUAUCUAGAUUAGAACAAAUAAAUAAUGAUAAUUGCAUACCAAGUACAUCAAAAUCCCAUUUACCUAAGCAAGAGAUUCAAAAAAAAGUUGAAUUCAAUUGUCAAAAAAUAACACCAACCAUAAAUGUUCAAAAUGAUCAAUAUUCAUUCUCUAAUUGUAAAAAUGUAGGCUCUUCGACUAUACCAAUUAUCAAACCAAUUAAUUUUGUUUUUUAUGAUACACUUAGUAAAAUAUGUAAGUGGAAUGCAGUGUGGUUAUAUGAGGAAAAAUUUGUGAAUACAUCUCCACCGUUGGUAAAAAAUAUCUAUAAAAUGAAAGAACAAUUUGAUACUCCAUCUGAGUAUUUGUCUACAAUGAAAUCAAUAUUGUUCUAUGAAAUUUGGUCAAAAAUAAGCGAAUCAUAUCAUAUGGUACUUAGUAAAAAUCCUAAUUUGGAAAAGUAUAUUUUUGAAAAAUCUUCGAAAAAAAAUUUACCUCUCCCUACAUUUGACAUUCAAUCUGUCAAUAAAGAAUUUUCCUCAUCAGUGCCAGCAUUAAAAUCUAUUAAUCAGCCAUUAUGGAUUUUAAAAUGUAUAGGAACGAAUAAGAACAUUGAAACUUUAACGGGAUCAAGAAAUUCACUAAAGGGAUGCUUAUGUAUUGUUAUAGUACAGUCAGAACACUUUGAAACAAAUGUUGUAAAUAAAAAGCCAAUAAAAUCUAAAAAUAUUUUUUUUGCUUACGUUAAUAAUGCAAAAAAAAUUGGGUACCACUCAAAUUCUCAAUUGUACAUAGAACUUAUUGUGACAAAAAAGACUGAAAAUAUUCCAAAUGGAACACAUAUUCACUUGAUGGAGAUAUUUUAUUUGCACUCAGAACUGCGUUUAUUUCAAGCUUUAAAUAAUGUGACGACAUCUUCACUAUGCAAAGCACUCAUCACUCCACAGUUGCAUAACUACAGUAUUGAUUCUUCAAAAGUGAAUUUAAAAAAUUAUAACAUAAAUAGUUUGUUAUUGAACAACAGUCAAAAAGAAGCUAUAAAAAUGGCUAUAACAAUUUGCAAUUCUGUAGAACCAAAUGUAGGUUUGAUAAUUGGACCACCAGGCACAGGAAAAACUAAUGUUAUCUGUAAUAUUAUUUUAAGUUUAAUGUCUAACAAAUUGACCAAAACUAAGACUAAACCUAAACUUCUUAUAUGUGCACCUUCUAAUGAAGCUGCUGAUGUGAUAGUUAGACGAAUAAUAGAAAUUAAAAAAGACUUAAAACAUGAAGCCCAAUUUGAUGUAAUACGAGUGAGUAGUGGACAAAAAUAUGAUCCAAAUUCACCUAUUUUUAAUGUACUGCUGGAUACUGUAAUCAAACAAAGAAUGGAGAAUCCUUUGAAUGAAGCUGAUCGACAAGGUCAAACAAAUAAUUCAUUCAUAUACACCAAUAAAAAAGAUCUUGAAAAUAAAAUACUUCUAAAUGCUGAAGUUGUUGUGACAACAUUGAACUCCUGUUUUUCCAAGACAAUGGAGGAAACUUUCAAGCCUUCCGUUAUUAAUUGUCAUUUUACUGCCUGUAUAGUAGAUGAAGCUGGACAAUCUAUAGAACCUCUAAUUUAUGUUCCGCUACUACUUGGUAUUGAUAAAUUAAUUUUGGUUGGGGAUGAUAAACAGCUUCAACCAUUAGUAAAGAGUAAGGUGGCCAAAGAUAAUGGCCUAGGUAUUUCUCUUUUCAAACGGCUUAUAUCAUGGUUUGAACAUAAACGCUCCACACGAAAAAGUUUUCCAGUUACUAUGUUGAAUACGCAAUAUCGAAUGCAUUAUGAAAUUUGUUUAUUUCCAUCAACAUACUUUUAUAAAGGCAUAGUUAAAACUGCACCAUCUGUCAAAAUAAGAAAGCAACUGCCAUUUCAGCCAUACAUGAUCCUAGAACAUGAAAGUCAACAAGAUGAUACUGGUGAGUUAAAUAUUGGUGAAGCAUAUAUGAUUGUAAGUCUGGUAGAAAUUUUACUCAACUCGGAAUGUCAAUCACUGACCGUUGCAGUCUUAACACCUUACCAUAAACAAAGAGAGCAAAUAAAUGGGUUGUUAAAGAAAAAGAAGAUCUCAAUAAAUGUCAAUACAAUAGAUUCAUUUCAAGGUGGUGAAUGUGAUGUAUUAUUAAUUUCAACAGUUCGUACUAAUGGAGUCGGAUUUAUGGAUGAUAUUUGUCGUUUGAAUGUUGCUUUAACGCGUGCUAAGCAAUCAUUAAUAAUAUGUGGAAACUUCAUGUCUUUGAGAGGAGAACGAGUAUGGUCUGAUUUAUUAGAAGAUGCAAGAAAACGUAAAUUAAUUAAAAAAGUAUCAAAAAAAGUCAUUACUAAUUCUAGGGCUUUGCUUGCUAUGAUAAGAUAUUAAUAUGUAUUUGAUAUAUAUGAAGUUUAUGACAACCUUUAAUAUAAAUUAUAAAUUGUAAUACUUUUU